AUGGCCAAGAAACCGCCCUCCAAGCACUCCCGCGCCGCCCGCCGCGCCACCUCCCCCUCCAUCAACACGGACAAGUCCCUCAAGAACGUGCAGGCGCCGGCCCCCUCGACCGACCACCGCCCCUCCAUCCUGGGCCUCCACCAGGCCGCGGGCGUGACCAAGAAGACGCGCAAGCAAGGGCGCAAGGCCGCGCCCUCGGCCCGCGCCCGCCGGCGCGCCGACAGGGGCGCCGACCGCGCGGAGCAGAUCAUGGACCGCACGCAGGCGAAGGUGCAGCGCAGCAAGGCCGCCAGCCGCGCGAUACAGAGCCGCUCCCGGGGGUGGGACGAGAUCAACGGGGAGGUCGACGCCGCGGCCGCGGCGGCCGAGGCGGUCGAGUCGGCGAGCAGGGCUAAGCGGCGGGACGCCGGCGCGCAGAGGGUGCAGAGGGCGAGGGACGCGGAGCAGGAGGCCGUGGACCGGUUCUAUGCCGACACGGACGAGGAGAUGGAUGAGGUCGCGGAGGAGGAUGGCAAGGCCGCCGAGGGUGUCAGGAAUGGGACCGUUGUCGGGCCCGAUGCGGACGACGGUGAUGAUCUGUGA